CACCGUUUGGGACCUAAAGUUAUCGCCUUUUAGGCCAAUCUCUCGUUAACAUCGAGGCGACUCACUGUGAGAGAAGAGAACUCUUAUCUGAAGAAGAGAACGAAACGGCACUGUUUUGGGGGUCGUAAAGUUCAUUCCUUAAGGUUAAUCACUCUCGUUGACGUGCCUCUUCAGAGACAAAUCUCAAACCUUUCACGACAAAAGGUUCCAAAGUUGGUCAUCAUGACGGAGUACAAGGAGGAACAGGAGAUGGAGAUUGAAGCUCUUGAAUCUAUACUUGCUGAUGACUUCAAAGAGAUUCAUUCUAGUGAAAGUGGGCUUAAUACUUCUAACCGAUGCUUUCAGAUAACAGUCACUCCUCAGGAUGAUGAUGAUCUGGAGGAGUCAUCAAUCCCACCAGUUCAGCUGGGUUUUGUUUUCUCCCACACAGAAAAUUAUCCGGAUGAGGUUCCACUUUUGGAUGUUAAAAGUAUCCGAGGAAUCCAUGUUAGUGAUCUCACCAUCUUGAAAGAGAAGCUUGAACAAGAGGCAGCAGAAAAUCUUGGAAUGGCCAUGAUGUAUACAUUGGUCUCAUCAGCAAAGGACUGGUUGUCUGAACACUAUGGGCAAGACGAUGGAGAUGACUAUGCCGAGGAAGAAACUGCCAAAGAGGAUGAGGUUAUUAUUCCUCAUGGAGAACCUGUUACGCUGGAGACGUUUGUGGCAUGGAGAGAGAGAUAUGAGGCGGAGCUUGCACUUGAGCGAGCCAAGCUGAUGCCUGAGUCUGCUCUUACGGCGCCUAAGGAGAAGAAGCUUACAGGAAGACAGUGGUUUGAGAGUGGCAAAGCGAGAGGAACAGUGGUCGCUGCUCAUCAAGAAUCUGAGGAGGAAGAUGAUGAAGACAUUGACUUUGAAGACGAUGACUUUGAAGAUGAUGAAGAAGACAUGCUUGAGCACUACUUGGCGGAGAAAUCUGAUGCAAGGGCCUGAAGCUAGGGAAAGCUUUACAUAAUGAUUUUUCAAGCUUUUUUUCUGAAUAGAGAUCAGGAUCACCUUUCAUUGAGCAGCAUUAUUCAAUCUCAUAUCCUCAGUUUUCCAAGCUUUGAUAUGCUCAAGACUUACCUCGAGACUUGUAUUUCUCAUAUAUCACUUUCACAGUCUGUCAUUUAUAAGAAUGCCACUGAGAUUUUGUAACUUUUUUGCUAGUAUCAGAGCACAAAGCAGUUCUCUCAGAUCAAAUAUCAAAAGACUGAGUAGUUGAAUUCUUAUUUAGAAACCCCUUGUUGAAGCUGUUGUGAGUCAAUUCAGUAUGUCCCCUUAUUAUAA